AUGAUAGUUGAGAUAGUAGUGGCGGUGGAGAUGGUGAUGGUGGCAAUGAUAAAAGUCGGCAUAGUGGCUGAUAAUAAACAGCUGGUAAAAUUGGUGGUGGAGAGAAUGGUGGUGUGCAUGUGGAGAUUCUGUGAUGAAGGGGGUGGAGGUGGUAAUGGUGAUGCUAGUGAUGGAGGUGGUUAUAGUGGUGGUAAUAGUGAUGAAGGGGGUGGAGGUGGUAGUGGUCAUGCCAGUGAUGGAGGUGGUUAUAGUGGUGGUAAUAGUGAUGAAGGGGGUGGAGGUGGUAGUGGUGAUGCUAGUGAUGGCGGGGGUGAUAGUGGUGGUAAUAGUGAUGAAGGUGGUGGAGGUGGUAGUGGUGAUGCUAGUGAUGACGGUGGUUAUAGUGGUGGUAAUAGUGACGAAGGGGGUGGAGGUGGUAAUGGUGAUACUAGUGAUGGCGGUGGUGAUAGUGGUGGUAAUAGUGAUGAAGGGGGUGGAGGUGGUAGUGGUGAUGCUAGUGAUGGCGGUGGUUAUAGUGGUGGUAAUAGUGAUGAAGGGGGUGGAGGUGGUAAUGGUGAUGCUAGUGAUGACGGUGGUGAUAGUGGUGGUAAUAGUGAUGAAGGGGGUGGAGGUGGUAGUGGUGAUGCUAGUGAUGGAGGUGGUGAUAGUGGUGGUAAUAGUGAUGAAGGGGGUGGAGGUGGUAGCGGUGAUGCUAGUGAUGGCGGUGGUGAUAGUGGUGGUAAUAGUGAUGAAGGGGGUGGAGGUGGUAGUGGUGAUGCUAGUGAUGGCGGUGGAUAUAGAGGUGGUAAUAGUGAUGAAGGGGGUGGAGGUGGUAGAAGUGAUGCUAGUGAUGGAGGUGGUGAUAGUGGUGGUAAUAGUGAUGAAGGGGGUGGAGGUGGUAGUGGUGAUGCUAGUGAUGGCGGUGGAUAUAGAGGUGGUAAUAGUGAUGAAGGGGGUGGAGGUGGUAGUGGUGAUGCUAGUGAUGGAGGUGGUGAUAGUGGUGGUAAUAGUGAUGAAGGGGGUGGAGGUGGUAAUGGUGAUGCUAGUGAUGGCGGUGGUAAUAGUGGUGGUAAUAGUGAUGAAGGGGGUGGAGGUGGUAGAAGUGAUGCUAGUGAUGGAGGUGGUGAUAGUGGUGGUAAUAGUGAUGAAGGGGAUGGAGGUGGUAGUGGUAGUGGUGAUGCUAGUGAUGGCGGUGGUGAUAGUGGUGAUAAUAGUGAUGAAGGGGAUGGAGGUGGUAGUGGUAGUGGUGAUGCUAGUGAUGGCGGUGGUUAUAGUGGUGGUAAUAGUGAUGAAGGGGGUGGAGGUGGUAGAAGUGAUGCUAGUGAUGGAGGUGGUGAUAGUGGUGGUAAUAGUGAUGAAGGGGGUGGAGGUGGUAGUGGUGAUGCUAGUGAUGGCGGUGGUGAUAGUGGUGGACAUGGGUUCAAUAGACUUAGAAUGGAGCUUCUCUCCUGCGACGAGAUGGAUCAAGCAGAGAGUCUGGGAGAGAAGCAUAUUCCCAUCAGUCUAAACAUUGGUGGGGGUCUCUGA